GGCGUGAGACGCGCGGAGACGGCGCGCUUUCGUGGGCACCGUAACUGGCCUUCCCCAUUACCUCCUCACGCACCGUACAGCCGUCGCUGGAAGCCCACUCUCCACCCACCCAUGCCUCGUUGCAACAGCCCACUCUUUUAAUUCAUACCCUCUGCUGCAACCCCGCUUCCCUAUAUGCCUUCACGCCCUUCACGAUCACAGCGCGAACUACACCCUAGCAGCAAUAUUUCCGGCAUUUAGCCCGACUCGAAGCCAUGACUGAGGACGCCUCCCCCUCCGCGGUGCUGGAGGGCAUGAUCAGCGGCUCUUUGAAUGUAGACGGUAUCGCGAAGUUGCCAGACACUACGCCCGAGGAAACGACAGCUUCCCCGCAGCCUAAGCCCGAGUCGGAGGCUCCCGAGGACGAGCAGGCCUUGGAAUGGCACGAGGUCAUAGAGCUGCAGGCUUUCAGCGAGCGGAAAGCCUGGAUUGAGGAGAAGAUCAAGUUCCUGGAGAGCCUGCCGCCAAUAGAGGUCUUUGCAGGACUAGAUGCUGUGCGCGCGUCUGCUGCGGAAAUACCAGGACUGCCCAGCCGCGCUCAGCUGGAGGAGUGGGUCGCGGAACAUGACAGAAUAGAGAAGGAGACCGAGAUUUUCGACUCCGGUGAGCUGAGGAAGCUCAAGAAGUUCACGAAAGCCGCUGCCCAGCGCAACCUGUCCCCGGCGGACACGGACCUCAUCGAAUUAACCUUGACGACUAUCUACGGAUUCGACAAGUUGCUUCAUCUCCUGCGAGACCGCUCCGACAACUUAGACUUACUGGGCAUCCGCUUGACCUGGGAAGAGCGCCGCAUCGGCGCAUGGACUGAACUUCGCAAGGUCCUCUCUGACAUCCGCGACUUUCUGAAAACGCGUGCACGGUGGUCACCAGUCGUGUACGACACAGCCGCUGCUGAGGAAGAAGUGACACCUGGGUCCGUACCCAAACGGAGGAACUCCGUCGUCUCCAUUGCUUCUAUGGCCUCCGAUACUUCGUCUAGCCUAGCAUCUCCUGGUUUCUCUCGUGGCACGCGCUUCAAGCUGGCUGAAUUGCUCUCUCGCGAUGCAGCUCUGUUCGUGAGCCGCGUGUCCUCUCUCAAGCACACUAAGGUUGCUGGCGCGGGUAAGACACUCGACAAACUGAUCGACCACAGCCGCAAGCCCGUGCCGGACGAGCUGCUCGAUGAACAGGACAAGCUAGAGAAUGAUGGUAUCAACGCGAUGGAGGAUGUUGGAAAGUUCGUCAUGGGUGUCGUCAUGCAGUGGAAGAAGGCCGACGAGUUGUAUGUAGAGACUCUUAAAGACAAGACAGCGGUUCAGACGCUGCUGGAAGAGCUCGAGGUUGCGAGACUUGGACACCCUACAUCGCGCCAGGAUGUUGCUUUCUCAUCCCGUUCUCUCGCCCUUGUCAAGCGGCUGCAGUCGCGCGAAAACCCUUCAUUGGCGACAUCCCUGUUUCCCCGCCCAACUCAUCCCCUCUUCCCUGACCAACCUGACGCAACCGCCGCAGCUAUCAACGUGAUUUCCUCCGAGCUCACCGCUGCCAUGGAGCAAGUCAAGAAGGCCGAGGCAGUUGUGAAGGAGUACCACGCGACGCUUGAAGCCGUCAAGCGCGUGGAGGCAGCUUGCAAGGCUGCAUCGGCUCUUUCUUCUCAGUACGACUUCAUCCUCGAGCGCCUGCAGAAUGGUCUUCCAACAGAUCAUGGUGACGGUGGUCCUCUCGAUCUGAGCACGGAGGCGUGUCUCGACGAGUCACGCCAUGCAGUCUUCCUGGCUGCAUUGCCCUCCAUCAUGCAGGAGCUGCAGCAAGCGGACGCUGAGGCCACCAGCUUGUUGCCGAAUGCCCGUGCAGCGCUCUUGCAUCUGGACCACUCUUCUAUCGACCCUCUGUUCAAGACCGAUUCCGCAGCUGAGAUUGAUCAUCUCGCAACCGCCCAACAGGCCGGAGUGCGUCUACGAGAGGAGAUCACCGCCCGAACGAACGCGCUAGGCACCACGAGGCGAGUCUGGGCGUCGAUGAAGCAGGCGUUUGCAGAGUCAGAGGAGCUGCGCCGUAACGUCUCCGCCGCCAUCGACAAGCAGAUGUGGCGGCAGCAGCUGCGGUCGAGUGAGGCUCCACCCACCCCGGAGAGCCCGAGCACUCUUCUACCUCCGUUGUCCGUUUCGCCUGGGUCUGUUUUGGCGAGGGUGGACCGUAUGCAGGCUCAGCUCAAGCAGGAAGUCUCCGGCCCCAUCACUACAGUCACCCCCUCAAUUGGUAGACCGCUUGCAGACCAUCUGGCCCAAUGCUCUACUGCUCUGAGCAGCGUCUUAGACAACCUACGGAGAUCUGCCAGGUUUUGGGAUGCCGUCCGGAAUCAAUCGGCUGCAAUGGAGGGGGUCCGUGAUGAAGCCCAGGCGCUGCAGGUCCAAAUGGAGGACCUCAAGGUGCGCUUCGAUCGAGGCAUAGAGGACGUUUUCUCGAGCUCCUUGGUGGGCGACGACCUGCUCCUGACGGAAGGCGGUUUGUCAAGCGAGCUGAAGCGCUGUCAAGACGCAGUCCGCGCUUACAACCAUGCUCUACCUCGUCGCGUUUCGUUCGUGAGCGAGGACUUUCCUCCGAGGACCGGAGCCUCGCCUUCGCAGAGACAUUCACCGCUCCUCAGCGUCUUCGACCUCGAGAGCGUCAGGCGAGCCGGCUCGUAUGACCUAUUAGUUGACCCCGCUUCUCUGGACAGUACCGUUCGAGCGGACUCUAAUGGUUACAGCAUGCUGCUGUCUGGCGCGGCUAAACAUUUGGAACAAAAGUCCGAGCACUUCCAGCUGGUCAAGGCCGCCAAAACCAUCGAUGUCGCAACGUCGGCCAUAGUCACUAACGUCCAUCGAGUCGUUGAAGCUGUUGCAGCUUUCAAGCAGUCCCUCGCGGAUUCCUCUAGCGCGUCCAGCCUGGAGCACCUGGACAAGCUGGCGGACGAGGUUGCGCACUUGAUCGACACCGAUGGCAUGGAGAUCCCCCGCUCUUUCUCACCCGUCCGUGGCUUGCUCCACCGUCUACAGUCGAUGCCGGACAGUUCUGGCUCUGGACUCCGUGAGAGCAUCGUGCAAGCCCGUCGGCGUGCCCUCGAUGACGUAGAAAACCAACAUGCGACAUGGAAGGAGAGCGUGGCCGACCUCCGGAAAGAGAUCACCCGGGCACAAGAAACGCAACGGGCUCUUCAGGCGGAGCAACAUCGUCUCGAAGAAGAAAGUGCCCGGGCAGCUGCCGCAGAGCAGGAGCGAUCAGCGGUCGAGGCCGAAACACAGGCGCAUGCUAUUAGCGAACAGUUUGCCGGCGAAGAUGGGCAGCCUUCUUCACUUGUUGACGCCGCUGCUCCUCAGCCUGAGGCGACACCUGCGGUACCAACAACAGUCACCUCUCAUGAACAUUCUGGUGGCGGGGAUGGAGACCGCGCGAGAGAUAGUCAUCUCGAACCCGUGGCCGAGUCUGAAAUGGAGUCUUCUGUGGGCCCAGACGGACAUGAAUUAGAUCUCUUCAGCGCCGCCGCUCAACCUUCUGGGGACUCUGGCGCAUCAGGCCCCUCUGAAUUGCAGGUGCGAAUUCUAGCACUGCGGAAGAGACUGCGGUCCAUACACAUCAAUGAGGUUGCAAGACCUGGCUCGGGUUCGUCGGACCAGUCGCUCCCAAGCGACGAACUUCGGCGGGCGAUGGACCAGUCAUUCACAGUUUUGGCGACCGAAGCCAAACUCCUCACGUGUACAGAAGCCGAUGGUCCACAAGUCAAAGCAGAGCUGCAGAGUCUACUGAGCGAGGUCGACGCUUCUUCCGAGAUGAUGCGAACUGUGCAUCGCCUCGCAGACCUCACGCUCGCACUGCGACUUUGCGAUGACGCAUUGAGCGAUCUAUUAGAACACAUUGACAGCUAUCCCUCUCCGCCUCUCGGAAUUUUAUCCUCGCAACAUGUGGCGGAUACUACUCUCAUCCCCGAAGAGCAAAUGAAUGCUCGGCUAGCGUUCACUAGGGGGCUCGUUGCGCAAAUGGAGAGCGCGUGCGCUGCAGUCGCUAGUGACCCGCGCGCGGUCCCCGAGCGUGACCGUAUUCUGCAGACCUGGAGCGAGUUGGAAGCCAUGGGCAACGACCGCGUUAGUGGCACGAAGUCAAGACCUGGUAGCGUCAUGAGCUCGGGGCGCAGCAGUAGAACAUCGGGCGUUAGCACUGCGUCCACACCAGCCAAGAAGAAGGCCUCGAGUUACGGAAAGCUAUCAAUCGGAUCCGCGAAUGGGUUCCUUGCGCCACCGUCCCUUGGCGGACGUCGCUCGACCUCCAGCUCGUCAUCGGGCGGUCAUGCGCGCACCAUGAGCAAGCCUUCUUUUGCUGCCGCCAAUCGAUCUGUCUCGGGACCGACAGCAUCUCCAUCCUCGACGCUGCAUGGCUCGACAUUCGCUUCUCGUCAGAGAACGAAUAGUACAACGUCAAACUCCUCUGUGAAGACUCCGCUGAGACAACCGCACCUUACGCCGUCCCGGCCGCGCGCCCAGACUGGCCACACAUCUAACACACCGAGGACCGCGUCGCCUGCGUUCUCUGAUGUCUCUGCAUUAUCUGUGUCACGUCCCGGGUCGCAUCUCUCUCACUCCUCAACCUCUCGAUCCUCUUGGGCGCGUGCGCCGAGGCAAUCAUUCCCUUCGGCACCAAGAUCGCCGCCGCGCUCUAAAGGACCCGCGGUCGAGAAGAAACCAUACAUCGCGAAUCCUAAAAACAAGCUGGAUGUCGCUGUUGGGGAAGUGUUGAACAGGCUGCCAGUGAACAUCAGGGUCGAACUUAUCGCAGAUACAUGGAAAGAUCAAAGUGGUAAAUACUGGAUAGGUGAUCAAGACCCCAAGCUUUGCUUCUGUAGAAUACUUCGCUCGCAGACCGUGAUGGUCCGAGUAGGAGGUGGAUGGUCAGAACUUUCAAAAUUCAUCAAGGACCACUUUGCUGAUGCUUUCUGGAUUCUCCCAGAAUCACCCCGCCUAGGCUCUCGGGAGGAGAGGUGGAUCAAUUCAACGAGUCUUUCACAAGCGGCCGUCAUCAUGAGUCCUCCGCACCCCCCGAGGACACCCGAGCCGAACGAUUCCUUCGUCCCGUUUUUCUCCCUAUCGACACCGAGUGGAGGAGCUAGCCCGAAGUCUAUCAAGACCACGUCCUCGCCGGGCUCUCCGCUCACUCCCCUCCAGUUCCUUCGACGAGUAGACAGAGAGGCGAUCUCCAGACCAGACACUCCAUCGAACGUGACACGGCCCGGAACUGCUUCCAACUUGAAUAUGCCUGUACGUCAACCCGUAUGGAGACCGUAGUUGCUUGUUGUUUGUUUGUUUGUUGAUUUACUUUAUCUUGUCGUGUUUUGUCUCUGCCGAGGACUACAUAU